CACAUAUGUUCCGUUAACGCGUAGUGCAGUGUGUCAAGCCCGAGUUUGUAUAGGUUUUCUGAUUCAUUCUGCGUGAUGAAAUUGGCGUGGUUGACCAGACUGUCAGAGUAGCUUGCUCGCUAACGUUAGCUAGCUUAUUAGCAUGGCCAUGAGAAACGUUUACCCAUUGGCGUUUACACACCCCUGUUAUGCGUAGCUGAGACAUAAAUCCGAGCUAAAUUGGCCGUGUAGCCUAGCCAAUCCUGCCUGACUGCUAAGAAGCUUUUGUUAUCAUGGGGCAGUGUGCUGUUUCAUCAUCUUAGCUGGCGUGGAGAGUGUGUGUCUGAUCGGUGCUUUAUGCGACGUAGGAAGGGAAUAACGUUAGCUGUUCGAAACAUCUGACAGCCUGAUGUGUCAACAUGUGCGCCGCCGAUACCGUCCGAUCAUGCAAAACUCUCCGCUCUUCCACUACCUGCAGGAUCUAGGACACACAGACUUUGAGGCGUGUCCCACAGUGUCUCAGGGGGACGAGUGUGGAGGAGGAGAGGGGGGGACGACCUCUCUCCAGGACAGCCUGUCCAAACCCACAGGACGACGUCUAUGGAGAUUGGCUGAUGCCUUGUGGAGGCGGAGCCCGUUCCACCAGGCUGCCUCUGCCCAUAGGCUGGAGCAGCAGCUGGACUGUGUGUUUGGCCAGUACACGGUGCGGUGUAUCCUGGACCAGGAUGUGUUGCUCCAGGAGGAUGUGGAGCUGAUUGAGCUGUUAGACCCCAGCCUGCUCACCCUGGGCGCCUCGCCCUCCGGCUCACCCAGACGAGACAACUCCCUGCCCUGCCCGCGCCUCCUCGCCUCACCCUCGCAAUGGGACUUAGCGGUGCUGGUGGGCCUGGCUGCAGUGUUACUAGGCCUGUCCUCUCUCUCUGACGGGGCCUGGUCUCUGGCUGUGAUCCCGUGGUGUGCUGCAGUCAUGGGCUGGGUGGGGCUGCGAGGGGCGGGGCUGUGGAGGCAGGGGAGGAUGCAGAGGACAGCACACGCCCAGGCCUCCGAGCUGCAGACCAUGGUGCUGAACAGUAAGGCUCUGACCAGCCUGGCCCGCAAGUCCCUGAGACUACUACAGGAGACAGAGGUCAUCUCUCGAGGGUUUACCCUUCUGCUCGACAGGGUGAGUGCGGCCAGCUCCUUUAGCAGGGCGGGGCUGGGGGCGGGGCCACGGGGGCAGCAGUUGAUUGGCCUGCGGAAGGCGGUGUAUCGUGUGCUCCGCUCGGCCUUCAGAGCCUCCCGCCGAGCCACCUGCCACAUGCUCAAAGCGUACCCCCUGAACUCUGAGAUCGACAAUGUGACCAACUACGUGUCUGCGGUGCCUCUGAAGGAGCUGGGGAUGGGCCUGGGGACAGAGCACCUAACUGACGAGGAGGCACAGGAGCUCACCGAUGACUACAGCCUCCCUGCCCUCAAGGUGCUGUUCCAGUUGUGGGUGGGGCAGAGCUCAGAAUGUUUCCGCCGAUUGGCCCUGCUACUGUCACCACGACGACUGGAGGAGCCCAGGGAAGACUGGGUUAAAGGUGAAACCCCUCCACCGCCCAUACACCGCUCUGUUGCCACGGUGACACAGCCUCUCCACGGUGCCCUGGCCAGUUGCCUAGGCGACCUGCAGCGUAGCUACGAGUUCCACCGGUACUUUGAGACGCAGCAUCGGACGCAGGGCUCGGACAGGGUGGGGCGCGCUCAACAGAAAUGCAGAGAGCUCAACACACUGCACACGUCUGUACGCAGCCUGCAGCUGCAUCUCAGGGCCCUGCUCAACGAGAUGAUUAUUCUGGAGGAUGACCUGGAGAAGCUGAUGGUGACUAAGGAGGCGGUGGAGGUGACUGUGGAGGGCUACCAGGACCUCCAGGAGCGUCUCGGCCACCUGCAGCCCCACAUGCAGGCCAGCGCCGGAUGCUGGGAGGACACAGUGGGCCAAGUGGAGCGCAUGCUGAGGAGAGCUAACACCUGCCCAGGAACUCCUGAUGGUCCAGAGCAGUGUCUCCCUCCUGUGCCAUGCACCCCUGCCCCAACCUACACCCUCAUCCUGGACAGGGACCCCGUGCCUGAGGAGCAGGAGCUGGAAGCGUACGUGUCGGACUCAGAGGAUGAGAACGGGUGGGCGGGGUCGGUGGUUGACAUGCUGUCUCCCGAGGAACGAGAGCGCCAGCGGCGGGAGAGGGAGGAGUCUCGGCGCGUCCUAUCGGAGCUCAAAGCCGUGCUGGGCCAGCGGGCGUCCGAGGGCGAGAGGAGGAAGUGGAAACAGCUGCUCUUCAACGACCAAGCGGCCGUGAUGCCUAUCGUUUCCGCGGAAACUUCUAUCGAAUAUCAGAUGCCCUCCGACCCAUUGGACGCUCUGACCCUUGUGGGCGUAGCCAAACCAGGUGUCGCUGAGGGAAACCACCUAUCGGAAAGGCUGAACGACGAUGAGGAAGACUGGGUCAGGGACGAGCGCCCCCUCACAGAGGCAGAGGAAAAAGCACUUACAGAGUUCUGCUGUGGUGAGGCGGAGGAAAAGGGGGAGGAGGGUGAAGGUUGGGCUUCUGUCCCAGCCGGGACGGGCCAUUCGCGACUCUACCAAUACGACGGGCUGCCUGACGAGGGGGCGGGACUGAACGAGCCUGACCUAUUGCAGCCCCGGGUCCCCGCCAUCACGGUGAUGGACAGGCUGACGGAACUACACGGCUCGGCAGCACUCAGCUUUAAUUCUGCCCUCGCCGCCCAGGUGGCAGCACGUUCAUACACCUUCGCCAACAUGGAGGAGCAGACGUUUGGAGACAGCGGAGAAGAGGAUGAGGGAGAGAAGCGUUCGCUGCCUGAUGGACAAACAUGUGAGAAGGACUAGAGUCUAAACCCUCCUGCUUUACGGAGCUUUAAACAGAAUAGUUAUGGACAGACAGGCUCCUGUAUUUAUGUCUGACCCCACUCCUGGGUUAUUUAUUGCGGCUGUCCGUUUCCUUGACUCCAUGGGUCUCUGUCAUGUCUUCAUCGGUGUGUAUGAUUGCGUGAGUGCGUGCUUGUGAGUGAGAAAGCAUUGUGUGUAUGCGAUGUCUGACUGUUUGUGAGUUUUAAGAAGAGCACUACACCACUUUAUGUUACACUCCUCCACCCAUGCGUCCAUACUUUAUUCACAAUCCCCCUGUGGCCGCUCUCCUGUGCUACUCAGGUAUCAGAACCACAAGACAAACUCUGACCUCACCGUCACAACCUAAGGAUCCCCUGUAGCUAUUAGAGGCAGAGAGACUUGGUUAUAGCAUCAAAUACAUUUUCUCUAACUAUUGACCAGUACCUUUCCGUUGUAUGUUAACGUUGCUCUAACAGUUUAGCAUAUUGAUGUCUGGGUCGAAAAGCCUGAUUUAGCUAAAUGAUUAUUAUAAUUUUGACCACAUCACUCCCUAUAUGACUCCUGUAUUGACAGGCAGUCUGAUGUGUGGUUGCUCUAUUGAACGUGUGCACGGCAGCCCAGGGCAGAAUGCUCAGGUACUGAAUCACUGACCGAGGGCUGAAUGUAAGAUGUUUCUAUAUACACACACACACACACACACAGAUGUUACUGCACACACACACACAGAUGUUACUGUACACACACACCACGCUGUAAAAGGAGAAGGAGAGGUACAUUUCAAAGAGAGCAAGGCAAAGCUAUUUUUAUUACUACUGUUUUAUUUCUGGUCUGCCUCUCUGAGUCUGCAUUUCUACACACUCCCCGCCUCACUAGGAAUGGCCCUAUAACUGCAAAGAUGUGUUGGCUAAAACACCUGUCACUCAACCUACAGCAACCAAUGAGCAGACGGAGACGUCAGAGAGAAGGGUGGACAUAGUUGACCUUGUAAAAUGGACUAGCCUACCAGGUUUGGAAAUAUUUUUACAUAUUGUGUGUUGUUUUUAUUUGAGAGCUGAAUAUGGUCAGGCAGUGUAUUGCUGUGAAAUGAAAUUUAUCCCCAUCCACUAAAGAACCAAACACAUUCACAGUGCUUAUUUCCCCAAUGGUCUCGUCAAGUGCUCAUCUGAUGAGGGGAUGAUAACUGGGUGAUUAUUGAGGUAAAGUGUUGUACUACCUCAUGCCACCCCUACUGCACCUACAAUGAAAUCUGUUCCGUGGGUGUCUGUAACUCCCUAUCUACUACAUGUAUCUCAGAUCUGAAUUGUUUGUGUCAGAACGUUUUGGUUCUGUCUUGAGUACAUCUGUAAAUGUUUCCAUGGAGAUUGUACCACUGUAUCUGGGGCGGCAGGUAGCCUAGUGGUUAGAGCGUUGGGCCAGUAACCGAAAGGUUGCUGGAUAGUAUCCCCGAGCUGACAAGGUUCAAAUCUGUCGUUCUGCCCCUGAACAAGGCAGUUAACCCACUGUUCCCCGGUAGGCCGUCAUUGUAAGUAAGAAUUUGUUCUUAACUGACUUGCCUAGUUAAAUAAAGGUUGCAUUUAAAAAAAUAUAUAAAAAAAUCUCUAUCCCCUGUCUCAGCAUCUGUGUUUCCAUAACGCUCACUCACUAGAAUGUGAUCCAACUUUAUUGAUUUGGGGAUUGAGUUUGGGACCGUUAUUACAGAGUGUCCUGGAAUGCUACUAUCGUUGAUUACAAUUAAUUAGAGUGAUGGUUCGAUGAUGAUGAUCGAAGGACAGCAUGUGCUCAUUGACUGCACAGAUGAUUCCGCUUGUGUGUGUCCGGGGGUGUCUGACCUCCCCCACCGUGUCUGUCUUGCCUUCCAGCCCUCCCCCAUAUGUCCCCUUCCUGAAGUGAGUUCUGUCCCUCCUACAUUUCAGUUGUAAAAUAAAAUGCUAUUCUGGA